CCUGCGGCCGCGGCCGCGGUCCACCCGGGGCCCCGCACUUCGGGCUCCGCGCUGAAGCAGCGCCACCAGCUCCUUCGUCCCCGGCGCUCCUUGCCCCGGGCUCUCCCGGUCCGCCCCCCAUGGCGGAGACCAAGAUCAUCUACCACAUGGACGAGGAGGAGACGCCCUACCUGGUCAAGCUGCCCGUGGCCCCCGAGCGGGUCACGCUGGCUGACUUCAAGAGCGUGCUCAGCAACCGGCCGGCUCACUGCUACAAGUUCUUCUUCAAGUCCAUGGACCAGGACUUCGGGGUGGUGAAGGAAGAGAUUUCUGACGACAACGCCAAGCUGCCCUGUUUUAAUGGAAGAGUGGUCUCCUGGCUGGUCCUGGCGGAGAAUUCCCACUCCGAUGCUGGGUCUCAGUGCACCGAAAGCCGCACGGAUCUGCCCCCGCCCAUCGAACGGACCGGCGGCAUCGGGGAUUCCCGGCCACCCUCCUUUCACCCCAAUGCUGCCAGCAGCCGGGAUGGGCUGGACAACGAGACCGGUACGGAGUCCGUGGUCAGCCACCGGCGGGACCGGCACCGGCGGCGGAACCGGGAGGGCCACGAGGAUGCCCCUCGCAUCAAUGGGCACCCCAAACUGGAGCGCCGCCGCGAGCCCGGCACCUACGACAGCGCCUCCACCGUGCUGAGCAGCGAGCUGGAGUCCAGCAGCUUCAUCGACUCGGAGGACGAAGACACCAGCAGGUUGAGCAGCUCCACUGAGCAGAGCACCUCGUCACGGCUCAUCCGGAAGCACAAGCGCCGGAGGAGAAAGCAAAGGAUGCGCCAGAUUGACCGGUCCUCCUCAUUCAGUAGCAUCACGGACUCUACCAUGUCCCUGAACAUCAUCACGGUCACGCUCAACAUGGAGAAGUACAACUUCCUGGGCAUCAGCAUCGUCGGGCAGAGCAACGACCGGGGAGACGGCGGCAUCUACAUCGGCUCCAUCAUGAAGGGGGGGGCGGUGGCCGCCGACGGCCGGAUCGAACCCGGGGACAUGCUGCUGCAGGUGAAUGAUGUCAAUUUUGAGAACAUGAGCAACGACGACGCCGUGCGAGUGCUGCGGGAGAUCGUCUCCAAGCCCGGACCCAUCAGCCUCACGGUGGCCAAGUGCUGGGACCCCACGCCCAGGAGCUACUUCACCAUCCCUCGGGCUGACCCGGUGCGGCCCAUCGACCCGGCCGCGUGGCUGUCGCACACGGCGGCGCUGACGGGAACGUUCCCCCGCUACGGUACGAGCCCCUCCAUGAGCACCAUCACAUCCACCAGCUCCUCACUAACAAGCUCUAUUCCUGAUGCAGAAAAACUCGAGGAAUCUCCCCUGACUGUGAAGAGUGACAUGGGGGCCAUCGUGAAAGUCAUGCAGCUUCCAGACUCGGGCCUUGAGAUACGGGACCGGAUGUGGCUGAAAAUCACUAUCUCAAACGCGGUCAUCGGGGCAGAUGUGGUGGACUGGCUUUACACACACGUGGAGGGCUUCAAAGACCGGCGGGAGGCCCGCAAGUACGCCAGCAGCAUGCUGAAACACGGCUACCUGAGGCACACCGUGAACAAGAUCACCUUCUCCGAGCAGUGCUAUUACGUCUUCGGUGACCUGUGCAGCAAUCUGGCGGCGCUCAAUCUCAACAACGGUUCUGGUGGAGCCUCGGACCAGGACACGCUGGCCCCGCUCCCCCACCCUGCGGCCCCGUGGCCCGUGGGGCAGGGGUACUCUUACCCCUACCCCGUGCCUCCCCCGGGCUUCCCACCCGCCUACCAGGACCCGGGCUUCAGCUACGGGAGCGGGAGCGCAGGGAGCCAGCAGAGCGAAGGAAGCAGGAGCAGCGGCUCGAACAGGAGCGCCAGCGAGAGCAGCCGGCGGGCACUGGGGCGGGAGAAGGAGCGCCGGACAGGGGCCGGGGGCAGUGGGGGCAGCAGUGAGUCGGAGCACACGGUGCGCAGUGCGACGGGCAGCGGGGGCCGGCGGGAGCGCCCACCCAGCCAGCUCAGCCGGGGCAGCAGCCCCCGGAGCCAGCUCUCUGCCGGUGCCCCCGGUCUGCCCCCACUGCACCCCCUGCCCAAGGCGGGCACCAGGGCGCUGACUACGCUCAGCGGCCCCCCCGGGGGCCCACCUGUGCGCGAGCUGGCCGCGGUGCCCCCCGAGCUCACUGGCAGCCGCCAGUCCUUCCAGAAGGCCAUGGGCAACCCCUGCGAGUUCUUCGUGGACAUCAUGUAAGGGAGAAAGUGCCUUCAGACUUCCCUUCCCCCACCCGGGGUCACGUCUUUGGAGGAGGAUUUGAAGGUUUUGGUGAAAAGGACAAUAACGGCGGAGCCCCGUCACGGAGGGGGAAGUGCCAAAUCCCCCCUUCAGCAGGCUUGCUACCUAGAUCCCCCCUCAGUGCCCAGAGGACAGCACCCAGCCCAGAAGCCGCGGCGGGUGGGCCUCGGAUUCCCAGCAGCUCCGAUUCCUCUUCCCCUUCCUGUCUCUCAGGCCGGGCCAGAGCCCCCAGCCGGCAUGCGGGAGGGACCCAGGCGCCAGCGGCCCCCAGCAGUCACGGGUACGGGGGCUCUGCCGCUUUCCUCAGGGUCUCAGUGUCUCAUCCGCCCACGUUAGCGGUAGGAGUGGAUGAGCUCCAAGGCCCUUUCUGGCUCACUCGGCUUCUCGGCCAAAGAGCGCCCUGGGUGGGUGGGACACGGGGCUCGUGUUCUGUCCCUUCCCCUGGAGCUCGCAGUGGGCCACGGGCCGUUCACUGGGCGCCAGAGUUCUGGAGGGAGGAGCUAGCUUGGCCGAAGCGAGAGGGAGCGAGCCCCGGGGUGGCCCAGGCUCCGGCCCAAGGCCUGUGGGUGACCCGGGCUUCCAGCCUGAUCAGAUCGGGGUGUUUGGGGGCGGGCUUGGGAGUUGGGAAAGGCUCAGCCCUGCGUGUCUCUAACGGCUGCCCGUGAGGGGAGCGGGGUGAUGAUGCUCCCGGCCCCUGGUCAGAGGGUGACCUGGAGAUCCAAGCUUCAGGGUGUCUCAUCCGCAAUGAGAAGUAGUCCCUCCCCGUCUAGGGAGCUCCGCCUCCCCCCGCCCUGAGCCUCUCCCCUCCGUCCCGACGCGCCUCGGCUCUCUUCUCGACCUUGUUCUCUUGUCCCCUGGGUGUCCCAGCCGAGAAGUCAGGCGGGCCGUCCCCUGCCCGGCUGCGGCACGGUCGGCAGCGAUUUGGGGGGGGGGGGCGGGGAGACAGUGGUGGGAGGAAAGUUUCGGCUCCCCCAGUUCUCCAAAUCUGAAUUUGGGAGUGAAUCAUCCCCACUCCCGCCCCCCCAGUGGUUUGGGGGAGCCCUAACAGUGCUGUCUUAUUUAUUUAUUUAUUGCACCAGGCCUUGAGGGCGGGUCCCCCUCCCCGGUAUCCCUGACAGGGCCGAGACGCACCGCGGCAGGUCCCCUCCCGUAGCUGGCCGAGUUUGCCCCGGUUCCCCCAGCCCCGGCCCGUGAGGCGGAGAGGAGAGCAGGUGGCGGCAGGGGCGGGCAGCAGGGGCAGGGUCCGCGGGCCGAGAACGGAGGGGACUCCGCAGGCUCGCCUUCCUGUUUGCUUUGUUUGCAUUAACUGAAUGAGCAUGGUUUGUUUUUCAAGGGCAACAUUACUCUAAGCAGUGAUUGGCAGAAACCACGCGAGACUGCGUAUGUACAGAAGGGGGGGCGGGGACUAAGGUGAAGAAAUAAUGCACGCCCCUCCCCCCGGGCUCUUGUCUCCGCAGUGCCCCUCCCCCCCGCCUGUUUCCAGGUGUGUCCGGCCCGGCCCCCUCACCUGGCCUCAGGUGUGCCCGGCCCACUUCCUGUCCAGUGUCUCGCUUCCACAGGAUUCGAUUCUGUAGAUAUUGUAUCAAAGCCCAAGUGUCUGUAUAGUUAAUAUAUAGCUGCAUCCGUGUAAAUGCCGCUUCCGUGUAAAUGCUAUUUUAAACACUUAAAAAAAAAAAAGCUUUUAAUUUUAUGUGA